UGAUUCGAUUCGAUUCUCUCUGUUUUGAGCAAGGAGAAAAAAAUGCCAUUUCUCCUCCGCCCAACGACGCCGUAUUUCCUCCUUCCUCCGCCGCAGCGCCACCGACGAACCUCACCUCUCUUUCUCAAACCCCCAAUCCAUCCAUCGCCGAGACACCUGAGCUCAAAAAAAUCCUCUGUUUCCCUUACUCGUGCCAACGUAACCGUUCUAAAACCCUUCGAGAACGUUAAGCCCUAUCUCCAAUCCGAAUCCAAAACCAUCCUCUCCGGCUGGCUCUGCAGCUUCGUCUCCGUCGUCUCCCUCUCCCAGAUCAUCCCCAGGAUCGGUUCCUUCACCUCCAACCUCAACGCCACAACCCCAACGAAGCUCACAAACGCUGGUCUCGUCCUCGCGGCUCUGUUUCUCGCCAGAGUCGUCGCGGGGUAUCUCCAGCAAGCGUAUCUAUGGGAGGCUUCUCUGAACUCCGUCUACAGGAUCCGCGUCUUCGCGUACCGGAGGGUGCUGGAGAGAGAGCUUGAGUUCUUCGAAGGUGGGAACGGGAUCUCGUCGGGAGAUAUCGCGUUUCGUAUCACCGCCGAAGCUUCUGAAGUUUCCGACACUAUCUAUGCUCUUCUCAAUACAGUUGUGCCUAGUGCUUUCCAGAUAUCUGCUAUGGCCACACAUAUGCUUGUUGCAAGUCCUCUCCUCACACUAGUCUCCGCACUGGUGAUCCCAUCUGUUGCGCUAGUCAUAGCGUUUCUUGGUGAUCGGCUUCGUAAGAUAUCAAGAAAGUCUCAGAUUGCCUCUGCUUCACUCUCCGCCUACUUGAACGAGGUGCUUCCUGCAAUUUUGUUUGUGAAGGCUAACAACGCAGAGGUUUCCGAGACUGUAAGGUUUCAGAGGUUUGCUCGUGCUGAUCUAUCUGAGCGUUUUAAGAAGAAGAAAAUGAAGUCGCUUAUCCCUCAGAUUGUUCAAGUUAUCUAUCUCGGUUCGUUGUCCGUGUUCUGUGUUGGAGCCGUGACACUUUCUGGAUCUUCCUUAAGCUCUGGUGCCAUUGUUUCCUUUAUGACAUCCUUAGCUUUCUUGAUUGAGCCUGUCCAGGAUCUGGGGAAAGCUUAUAAUGAAUUGAAACAAGGAGAGCCAGCGAUUGAACGUUUAUUUGAUUUAGCCUCCUUAAAAUCUAAGGUGAUCGAGAGACCUGAAGCCAUUCGACUGGAAAAGGUCGCAGGCGAGGUUGAGUUGUGCAAUGUUUCGUUUAAGUAUGGAGAAGAGAUGCUUCCUGUUUUAGAUGGGUUGAAUCUUCAUAUCAAAGCAGGAGAGACUAUAGCUCUUGUUGGCCCAUCUGGUGGAGGGAAGACAACACUGAUUAAAUUGCUUCUUCGCCUCUACGAACCUUCCUCUGGCUCUAUCUAUAUUGACAAAAAGGACAUCAAGGAUAUCAAACUGGAGAGUUUGAGGCAGCAUGUUGGUCUGGUUUCGCAGGACAUUACUUUGUUUACAGGGACAGUUACUGAGAACAUUGGGUACAGAGAUCUCACUACAGGAAUCGACAUGAAGAGAGUUGAGCAUGCUGCAAAAACUGCAAAUGCUGAUGAGUUUAUCAGAAACCUACCAGAGGGAUACAACACAGGAAUAGGUCCCAGGGGUUCAAGCUUAAGCGGAGGCCAGAGACAGAGACUAGCUAUAGCAAGAGCGCUGUAUCAGAACUCAUCCAUACUGAUUUUGGAUGAAGCAACAUCAGCAUUGGAUAGUAUGUCGGAGUUGCUAGUCAGACAAGCUCUUGAACGUGUAAUGCAAGACCAUACGGUAAUUGUGAUUGCACAUAGACUGGAGACAGUGAUGAUGGCGCAGAGGGUGUUCUUGUUGGAGAAGGGAAAGCUGAAGGAGUUAAGUCGCUCUUCUCUGUUAGGUACACACAAGGACUCACUUUCAUCAGCUGGAUUUGUAAUUUGAGAUCUAUGAAGUAUGAUCAAGAACAGGUAGAGAUCAACUGUUUUAUAAAGAGAAGAUACAAACUAUCCUCUUUUGUGUAAACCAUUCCAUUAUUGUAUAAAAAUAGGAUGAACUUAUAUAUGAUUUUGCUGAGGUACAAGCCUACACGGUUUGUUAUCUUUCCCUAGUUA